AGACACCUGAAAACUAAGAAGGAGAAAGAGAAGUGGAGUAUGAAACAGUUAAGGGGGAUACAGCUCAUUAAUCAGUAAUACACACUUGUUCAUUUCCAGAUUUUUGCCUUUGCUUGUUCUAUAAGAGUGAACGAAGGAUUCAGUAGCAGGAGGACCAGCGGGCGACUCUAUAACUCAAAGAUGGCUCACUCCCUAAGACAGCGAUUCAAAGAUUACAGGUUAGAGCGACGCAUUCGCAAAAACCGACUGGUCACCAAAGAUGGCCGCUGCAACAUCGAGCUUGGCAAUGUCAUGCGCAAAAAUGGCUUUACCUAUGUCCUUGACUUCUGGACCACCUUGGUGGAGACCCGAUGGCGGUUCAUCAUCUUGUAUUUUGUGGCAUCCUACACCCUUAGCUGGUUCAUCUUUGGACUCUUGUGGUACUGGUUAGCAAAAAGCAAUGGUGACCUGUUGUGGCAGAAUCCAUCAGAAGAUCAUACACCAUGCGUUCACAAUGUUAAUGGUAUGACUUAUGCCUACCUCUACUCAUUGGAGACCCAAACCACAAUUGGGUGUGGCAAUAUAUAUAUCACUGACCAAUGUCCUGCAGGUGUGGCUCUGAUCAUAAUCCAGGUGGUCAUAGGAGUCUUAAUCGGUAUAUUCUGGUGUGGUAUAGUCAUGACCAAACUCACCCUUCCGAAAAAGAGAGCCAAGACCAUCACCUUCAGCAAAUCCGCUGUCAUCUGCCCCAAAAAAGGCACUCUUUGCCUUCAAAUCCGUGUUGCCAACCUGCGCAAGACCUUAAUGAUCGGCAGUCAGAUUUACGGGAAGCUUCUGAGGACAACAGUCACUGAAGGUGAGACCGUCAUCCUGGAUCAGGUCAACAUUGACUUCAUGGUGGACGCCGGGAAGGACAAUCUGUUUUUCGUGAGCCCUUUGACCCUGUGCCACAUCAUUGACAAAAGCAGCCCAUUUUUCGACAUGGCUGUGGACACUUUGCAUCAGCAGGACUUUGAGCUUGUGGUGUUCCUCGACGGCAUGGCCGAAUCCACCAGCUCCUCCUGCCAGGUCAGGACUUCAUACAUCCCUCAGGAGAUCAUGUGGGGCUAUGACUUUCUCCCGAUCAUCUCCCGCAGCAAAGAGGGAAGAUACCGAGUGGAAUUUUCCAACUUUGCUAAAGUGGUGCCUGUGCCAACCGCUCAUUGCUCCCACUGCUACCACAAUGAGCCCGGAAACCAUCUCCAUCUCAAGGGCACUGACAACAAGGGGUUUGAGAUGUUUGACAUGGAGUCAUCAAACAGCACCAAAACUUAAUGCUUUUUGAGUGACUGGUGAACAUUUCAGAAAACAUUCAACACUAAUGCUUUAUAUCUUUCAUUGUGGGAAUGAAAGGCUAGAGGAGUGUUUCAAUAUCUUGAGAGGUACAUGAGUAGCAACUCUCAGGAAUCCAUUUCUUUUAUUAAAUGAACUGCUUUACACUUAGCCAAAACCAAUGUGUGUGCCUUACAUCUCACAAUUGUAAAGUGUGAAUUGUAGAGUGAAGCUAUGGUUCUGCUUUUCUGUUACUGUAGACAUUGAUUUUGGAGUUUAAGUAUUAACUGGGAAUUUAUUUUCAAAAGGUACCAAAAAGCGAACCGUAUCAUUUCACUUUUUGGGUACCCACCACAACAAAAGUGUACCAAAAGCAGAGGAGGCGUACAGCCGAACGCUAUUGGUUUACAGACAUCCGUCACUAGCUCGUGCACAAGCCAGGAGAAUGAAAACAAAGGAAGCACCAUUUUUAAAUACACAGCUGAGACAUUACACCGUAAUAAUAUAUACAUAUAAUAAUGAGACAUGGUCGAACCGAGCUCAAACAAACCUCUUUGUCGUCUUGACGAACAGCCACAAAGCCAAGAAGGAGAGUAGAAUCUACCCUGUGCCACGUAGUUGUUAUCAAGGUCAUCUAAAGCGCGAGCAGUUUCGUUUUCUCACGUGCGUUCGCUGCGCAUCUAUAUUUGCAAAUAACUAACUUCGUGAGCUGAUGAUUAUAACAUGCAUGUGAUAACUGAAGUGCUUCUGACAUUCAAUCCUGUCAGAAACCGACAAACGUGAGAGUGAAGCGUGAAAAAACAAAGGAGAAGCCGGAAAAAGCAAAGCAGCUACUGAUUUUUUCAGCAGCCUAAAACAUGAACACACUGCCAUGUUCAACUAUUAUCAUCACCUUUUGGAAUAUUAUAAACUCGGUAUUACGAAAUUACUUUCUAACGGAGUCUACAUGUGCUGGUGAAGAUUAAAGAUACGGAUGAGAAGUUUGCACUGACUGUAGGCUGUACAGUACGUUGCAUGUUGGACUAAAUGUAUGCUGUGUGUAGUAAAUCUGUAACAUUUCGGAGACUGUAAAGGGCUGUAUGUGUUUAAAUAUUUUGCAUUUAUUUAUUUAUUUUUUAUUAUUGCAGACGAUACAAAGGGCUAUUUCACACUAUCAUUGAUCUAAGCAAAUCCUAGUUAGGUUAGUAAUGAACAUUUAUACACAAGUAUUUAUGUGUAUAAAGCAUCUGUUUUGUGAAAAGUGCCCAUAUAGCUUUUCUUUGACAUUUCCCAAAGCAGGAAUUACGUCGACUGAAACUUUCUGGCACACACCACACCCAUCAAAAGUACCAUUGGUAUCCUUUUGGCAGUGGAAUUGCAAACCUGAAAAAUGUGACCCGUACCAUACCGUACUGUGCCACUCAGUGGAAAUGGGCCAAUACUAAAUCUCCAUCUCAAAUUCCAGCCAAUGCUUUUAUGCUCUGAAUCACUCUGGGGUGCUGUUUCUUUUUACGUUUGUAGAUUUAUUGUAAAUUUGCUAAAAUAUAUUUUAUGAAAAAAAUAAAAAUGAAAGAAGGAAUCUG